AUGGGCAGCGCCGACUCCAAGCUCAACUUCAGGAAGGCGGUGAUCCAGCUCACCACCAAGACCCAGCCCGUGGAAGCAACAGAUGAUGCCUUUUGGGACCAGUUCUGGGCAGACACAGCCACGUCAGUGCAGGAUGUAUUUGCCCUUGUACCUGCUGCAGAGAUCCGAGCAGUGAGAGAAGAAUCACCUUCCAACUUGGCUACUUUGUGUUACAAGGCUGUGGAGAAGCUGGUGCAGGGAGCAGAGAGCGGCUGCCACACGGAGAAGGAGAGGCAGAUCGUCCUGAACUGCUGCCGGCUCCUCACGCGCAUCCUGCCCUACAUCUUUGAGGACCCAGACUGGAGAGGCUUCUUCUGGUCAACUGUCCCUGGCGCUGGCCGAGGAGGGGGGGAUGAGGAUGAUGAAAAUGCCCGGCCGCUGGCUGAGUCGCUGCUCCUUGCAGUCGCGGAUCUGCUCUUCUGUCCUGAUUUCACGGUGCAGAGCCACCGGAGGAGCACGGUGGACACGGCAGAGGAUAUCCACUCCAUUGACAGCUGUGAGUACAUCUGGGAGGCUGGCGUGGGCUUUGCUCACUCACCACAACCCAACUACAUCCAUGACUUGAACAGGACAGAGCUGCUUAAGCUCCUUUUGACCUGCUUCUCUGAGGCCAUGUAUUUGCCUCCCUCUUCAGACAGCAGCAAUGCCAACCCGUGGGUGCAGUUCUUCUGCUCUACUGAGAACAGGCACGCGCUCCCGCUCUUCACCUCGCUCCUCAACAUCGUCUGCGCCUACGACCCCGUGGGCUAUGGGAUUCCUUACAACCACCUGCUCUUCUCCGACUAUCGCGAGCCACUGGUGGAGGAGGCGGCCCAGGUGCUCAUUGUCACCUUGGACUAUGACAGCUCCACCAGUUCGAGUCCCACGGUGGAUGGCACGACCACUGGCACGGCUAUGGAUGAUGUGGAUCCUCCGGGACCAGACAAUCUAUUUGUAAAUUACCUCUCAAGAAUACACCGAGAAGAGGAUUUCCAGUUCAUCCUGAAAGGAGUGGCCCGCUUGCUAUCAAACCCGCUGGUCCAGACCUACCUGCCAAACUCUGCCAAGAAGAUUCAGUUCCACCAGGAGCUCCUCGUCCUCUUCUGGAAACUCUGUGACUUCAAUAAGAAAUUUCUCUUCUUUGUGCUGAAAAGCAGCGAUGUUCUUGACAUCCUCGUCCCCAUCUUGUAUUUUCUCAACGACGCCAGAGCAGACCAAUCACGAGUGGGCUUGAUGCAUAUCGGGGUCUUUAUCCUGCUGCUGCUCAGCGGGGAGCGCAACUUCGGCGUUCGCCUGAACAAGCCCUAUUCUGUGCGAGUGCCUAUGGACAUCCCUGUCUUCACGGGGACACAUGCAGAUCUGCUCAUCAUAGUCUUUCACAAGAUCAUAACCAGCGGGCACCAGCGGCUUCAGCCCCUCUUCGACUGCCUGCUCACCAUCAUUGUGAACGUGUCUCCAUACCUGAAGUCUCUCUCCAUGGUGGCUGCUAACAAGUUGCUGCAUCUCCUGGAAGCUUUCUCCACUACCUGGUUCCUGUUCUCUGCUGUCCAGAACCAUCAUCUUGUGUUCUUCUUGCUAGAAGUUUUCAACAACAUCAUUCAGUACCAGUUUGAUGGGAACUCCAAUUUGGUCUACGCUGUGAUCCGCAAGCGGAACGUCUUUCACCAGCUGGCCAACCUGCCCACGGACUCGCAGGCCAUCCAGAAGGGUCUGCAGCGCAGGAAGAAGGCGCCGGAGCCCAUUUCCCGCACCAACUCCCAGGAUGGGGUCUCCAUGGAGGGCUCGCGACCUGCGGCUCCUGCUGAACCGGGCACGCUGAAGACGAGUUUGGUAGCUACUCCGGGAAUCGACAAGCUCACCGAGAAGUCACAGGUGUCGGAGGAUGGGACCAUGCGUUCACUGGAGCCCGAGUCUUUGCAGCCCCUACCAGAGGGCAGCCCCCCCUCAGCUGUGAACGAUGGGGAGCCCUGGAGUGGGGAGGCAUCGCAGCCUCGACGGGAUCGAAGGCGGCUCUCUAGUGCAUCUUCCAGUGGGCAGUGGACCCCGACUCCUGACUGGGUGAUGUCUUGGAAGUCAAAGCUGCCCCUUCAGACAAUCAUGCGACUCUUACAGGUUCUGGUCCCUCAGGUGGAGAAGAUCUGCAUUGACAAGGGUCUCACAGAUGAGUCGGAGAUUCUCAAGUUCUUGCAGCAUGGCACUCUGGUGGGGCUCUUGCCUGUCCCUCACCCCAUCCUCAUCCGCAAGUACCAGGCAAACUCGGGCACUGCCAUGUGGUUCCGAACCUACAUGUGGGGAGUUAUUUAUUUGAGGAAUGUGGAUCCCCCUAUCUGGUAUGACACAGAUGUGAAGCUCUUUGAAAUUCAGCGGGUCUGAGAGCACUUACCUCUGCUAAGAGAAAUACACUGGAUCUAAGGACUUUGCUGUGUGCUGCUUCAUCACAGCUCUUCCUGCAUUUCACAUCCAGCUGAGAGACCAAAAGGACAAUCGCUUCAUUUACCUCCCUGUCAUUUUAAGCUUUAAUUGGGAUCUGCUUGGACAUCCCUCCCCCCAGCUCACUUCUCUUCCCUUGCCCUUCACCAUGAACCUGGAGUGAAAGGUGUCUAAGGGAUCAUCCACUCUUGUGGUUGCACUAGAAAUCAGACUGUUCUUAGCUCUUAGGUUACUCUUCUGCUCCUCGAGUUGUUUUAGAAGCCAACAUGACGCUGUCCUUGCUCAGGUCAGAGUCAACAUUUAAUUGAAGGACUGGCUGUAAAUUGGGUGCAAGGGAGAAGCUGCUAUUCCUGCAGGAGAAGGGAUUUUGGAAACCUGUAGUUACUUCCGUGUGGCUUCGUAGAGUUUCCAGGGUGUCCCUUCUGACUGCAGAUGUCUCCCAGAUGUCUCACUCGUAUGUUGGUGGUAGCAUUUUUCCCAGUCAAAUGAAAGGAGGAGCUGCUAACAGAUAUCUCUGUUCUUGUCUCAAUUCUGAAUCUCUCUACCCAUUUCUUGGAAAGCUGCUUAAGGCGGUUUGCAGUAACCAGUGCUUCAUUGUGGUAUGAGAAGCUCUUCCUUGGCUUCCAGGCCCACCAGGCUGUCCCUCGUGGUGGGCGCUCGCAGUAGAUUGUGUCACCUGGGAAAGCACUCUUGGACCCAGGUAAGCCUUCAGGGAGAGGAAUGAGCUGGCCUGGUGGGAGGAACAGAUCUGUUAAGCUCUAUUAGGCUUCUCCAGGACAGUGUCACUUGGGUUUGGAAGGAGCCUUAACCUUCCAUCUUAGCCUAGCAGGUUGGUGCAGAGUGGGGAACAUGAGGGUUUUCUUGCAUGCUGCUGUCUAGAGCAGUGAGGGAGGCACUCAGGGAAGCUGUAGGAGGAACUUGGAAGUUGCAGGAGGAAAAGUAUCUCCAUGUCACUAGGGAGUGGGGAUUGCUGAGGCAACAUUGGAUUCUUCAGGACAUUUUGCAAGCGGCCAAGCUAUUGGAUCUUGAAUGUAUUGGGUCCCAAGCAUGCGAAAUCUGAGAAGCCAGAGUGAGGAAUAGUGGGAGAUUGACUGUUGCUGGCCUGGUUCAGCAGCAUGGAAUUGUACAUGGUAGAUGGUCAUCCAGGAGGUUGAGUCAAAGUUCUCGUUCUUCUUGGCGAGGUUAGUGUUUAGACCUGUGUGGUCGUCAGGCAGUGAAAUGUGAGGGGUCCUGCCAUUAAUUGAGACCACUGAGACCUUUCUGUCUCUCCACCAAAACUUAAUCCUUGGUGCUCUGGGCUUCAGGCUCUCAGGAGGAUCACUGGUUGUGAUACGUUUGCCAGAGUCUAGAAGCAGUGAGAUCACCCACUGGAGCUGCUCUCAUGCCCUUCAGGAAGGGGACAGGUGUGGCACACAUUUUCCUGACCCCUGCCUAAGUUUUGAAGCUAGAGCUGUAGCAGCAUGGCUGCUUUUCCUCUCCUAGGGGGAAUGCUUUACUCUCUUGGAGACUUGACUUAUAGUCAAGUGGUCUCCUGGCAUGGAGAGUGGUCUGGAGUCCCCGAGCCAAUGGAUAGCCACAAUACAGCCUGAAUUGUUUUUUUCUAAGAGACGUGAAGUAUGUCAAGUAGAGAGAGGUGAUUUUUGCCUCCCCAGCCUCCAGUCCUCUUUGCCAUCUACCACGACUUCCACCCUCACUCCAUCCCUGUUCAGAUGUGGACAGGGCGAGGUCUCUGCUUGGAAUCUCCUCUGUGUUUAAGAACGUGACUUGGUGGGACCAGCCUCUGAUUGUACGGGCCACGCUGUGUCUGCUCCUGUGGGUCUGCUGCU